UGUAUUGUAGCUACAUAGAAACCAAACCACCUCUCCUCUCCUCUAUAUGAUUACACAAUAAGCCUGUCAGUAUAUAUAAGAUGGUGAUCAUCAUCAUCAUCACCAUCAUCAUCAUCACUAUCACAAGUAUAGUGUAGUAUAGAUACAGAUAGACCCCAAGAAGAACAGCAGCAGCUACCAUACCAAAGUCUUGAAAUUAAAAACAAUACAACCGCAACAGGUCCACACUUCACAUGCAGUUACUCUUUUGUCUUUGUCCCUUUGCACUUCAACAACAAACCAACUUCAGCUCAAGUUAACCUCUGCUUGCUAGCUAUCCACAGUUUACUUUUACACUUGUAACCAGAAACAGAGACUCUGUUCGUUUAUCCACAGCAAAGGGAAAGAAAGAAUAGCAAAAAAAUGAAGGAGAAGAGUGAAAGUGGAGGUGGGUAUGUGAGAGCAGAUCAGAUAGAUCUGAAAAGAUUAGAUGAACAGCUUCAACGGCAUCUAAGUCGAGCAUGGACUAUGGAAAAGAACAAGAACAAGAAAGAUACUGGUGAAGAAGGAGAAGCAGCAACAGCAGCAGCAGCAGCAGCUGCUGCUCAAAGACCUUUAAAGAACAAUACUAUUACUAGGCAAGAAUGGGAGAUUGAUCCUUCUAAACUCAUUAUCAAAGGCGUUAUAGCUCGUGGAACCUUUGGCACUGUUCAUCGUGGUAUUUAUGAUGGCCAAGAUGUUGCUGUUAAACUUCUUGAUUGGGGGGAGGAGGGUCACAGGUCAGAUGCAGAAAUAGCUUCACUUAGAGCAGCUUUUACUCAAGAAGUUGCUGUGUGGCACAAGCUUGAUCAUCCAAACGUAACUAAGUUUAUUGGGGCGACAAUGGGCUCAUCGGACUUGCACAUACAAACAGAGAAUGGUCACAUUGGCAUGCCAAGUAACAUUUGCUGUGUUGUUGUUGAAUAUUGUCCUGGGGGUGCUUUGAAAUCAUACCUCAUAAAGAACAGGAGAAGGAAGCUGGCAUUUAAAGUGGUUAUUCAGUUAGCGCUAGAUCUUGCUCGAGGGUUGAGCUAUCUUCAUUCUCAGAAGAUUGUCCAUAGAGAUGUCAAAACAGAAAAUAUGCUAUUGGACAAGACUCGUACAGUGAAAAUAGCCGACUUUGGUGUUGCUCGCAUGGAAGCAUCGAAUCCUAAUGACAUGACUGGAGAAACUGGAACACUUGGAUACAUGGCACCUGAGGUUCUCAAUGGAAACCCAUAUAAUAGAAAGUGCGAUGUCUACAGUUUUGGUAUCUGCUUGUGGGAGAUAUACUGCUGCGAUAUGCCAUAUCCAGACCUCAGCUUCUCAGAAGUCACAUCUGCUGUUGUCCGACAGAAUCUUAGGCCAGAUAUACCCCGUUGUUGCCCGAGCUCUCUAGCAAAUGUAAUGAAAAGAUGCUGGGAUGCCAAUCCUGACAAGCGGCCAGAGAUGGAUGAGGUUGUGUCAAUGUUAGAGGCAAUUGACACCUCCAAGGGUGGAGGUAUGAUACCUGGCGAUCAACCUCAAGGUUGCCUUUGUUUCCGCAGGUACCGAGGCCCAUAAAUGUUGUAUGGAUGAUCAGAAACUGAGUUCUAAGAUUCCAAUUGAUAUCUUUUUUUCAAUUGAAGAUGCUGGGUUUAAAGAGCUGAGAUUAUAGUAAACUGCGGAGGCUAUAUGCUAAGAGGAGCCCUGCGGCGACUGUUUCUUAAUCGGAUCAUGCAUUAUGUAAAGCUCUUUUUCUUUUUUCUUUUUUCUUUUUUCUUUUUUCUUUUUUUCAUUUUACUUUGUUCUUGUUGAGAACUCUUCAUCCAAUUUGAGUGGCCAGUCAUAGCAUCGAUGGGAUGGAUGCCCAUUCUGUAUAAUGAGCCUUGAUAUCAAAUUUGAUGUGAUCAUCAUGAGUUACAUUCCAUGGCAUGAAACUGUUACUGUCA